AUGUCAAGCAGAAGCUCACGUUCCAGGCAGUCCAGCUCCUCCAGAAUCACCGACGACCAAAUCGCCGAUCUCGUCUCCAAGCUUCAACAGCUCGUCCCCGAAAUUCGUCACCGUCGCUCCGACAAGGUAUCAGCUUCAAAGGUGCUGCAGGAGACUUGUAACUACAUAAGGAACUUGCACAGAGAGGUGGAUGACCUCAGUGACCGACUGUCCCAGCUGCUGGCUUCCACCGACAGCAACAGUGCUCAGGCUGCCAUCAUCCGGAGUUUACUUAAUCAAUAG